UAAUAAAGGUUUCCAUUUGUUUAGUUCCCUACAAAUGGGAGAACCUAUACAAACAGCAGAAAAGCAACGAAACACAUAAACUGAUUAACCGAGGAAGAGUGCGGGCGCAUUUCUUACGCGAUUGCAGUUCAGUUCAGAGCUUCAGUUUGUAUUUGUCCGUUGACCUGCUAGAACGGGUGUCAUAUUUCUGGUUUUCGGGUGUGAGGUGAAAGCUUGUUAGAAUCUGGUAAAAGUGGUUCGAGUGUGGUUGUGUGUGUUUGUUGAAGUAGGAAUUUCUGCGGACAAGAUGAGUGAACUCAAAAAUUCGGCCGACGAUUCCAGCUCCAGAUCCAGUUCCAACGAGGAUAUCUCUGCCGAAAGUAAUGGAAUCGAAAGACGUGCUCAACGCGAGUUCAAGGAGGAAAUCGUCAAGGACAUGGCCAUCGACAAAAUGCGGGAGAAGAUGGAUACCAUCGUCCAAAAGCUGGAGAAGGACGUCGCACGGAAGCUGGACCUGCUGGUAGAUGACCUGGUCGGCGAGGUGAAGUUGUUCAACCUGAAGAACUACGAACUGCGGCAGUUGUUUCGCGAUUCCAGUUCAGCGUCGUUGCAGCGAUCGGCGGAUGAUUCGAACUCGCGGCGAUCCGACAGGAAACGACGCACCGACGGAAAGCUACCGGAUAAGGUAUUCAUGGCGAGGAACUCUCUGCUGACCGAUUUGUUCGAGGUGAAGCACAUCAAGACCAUUUACCAUAUAUUUUUGGUGAUUUUGAUCAUCAUGUUCCUGAACACCGUGGUGCACGACUUCGUCGAUCGGGGGAGCAUAAACCUGGGUUUACGUCCAAUCGUAGCCGGUUUUGGAAAGUUCCACACAACCCUGGCGUUGUGGGGAUGUAUGCAGUUGUCCGUAUUGUGCGUCUAUCCGUGCUUCUUCCUGUGGGCUCACGUUCGUAAAAUUUUCAAGACAAAUCAGUACCGGAAAAUAUGGGACCUUUGCUCCAUUUUCGGAGUGGCCCUGUUUCAGUGUUCGUUCGUCACUUUGGUCAUCAAGACUGUUCUUCAUCUGGACUUUCCACCGGCAUCUUCCGUAGCCGUGCUCAUGGAGAUGACCCGAUUUGUGAUGAAGGUGCAUGCCUUCGUACGGAGCAACAUCCCACGUGCCCUCGCGUCAAGUGGGAAAACUUCAACCGAAGACAAACCACCACAUGCAGUUAUCGUGCCGUCGUUCGGCAAGUUCCUGUACUUCCUGUUCGCUCCGACUUUGGUCUAUCGGGACGAGUAUCCUCGCACUAAGAGAAUCCGCUGGUCCGUAGUCUUCCGUCACAUGCUGGAAGUGGUUGGCGUCAUCUUCUACAUCAGUUUCAUCUUCGAACGAUUCCUGACUCCGCUGUUCGAUCGGUUCGGAGGUGCCGAGAUCAGUUCUGGGAAGUUUGUGCUGGCUCUGUUCGGCAGUAUUAUGCCUGCAUCGUUGUCGUUCCUGUGUGGAUUUUACUGCCUGCUGCACGCUUGGUUCAACGCAAGUUCGGAGUUGCUUCGCUUCGCGGAUCGCAUGUUCUAUCGGGACUGGUGGAACGCGUCGUCGUUCGCAGAGUAUAUCCGAUCGUGGAAUGUGGUGGUGCACGAUUGGUUGUACACUUACAUCUACAAGGAUUCCGUUGAACACGUGUUCAAAAACUGUAAUGCCCUCGCAACGGUGCUGGUGUUUACGGCUUCGGCAGUCUUUCACGAGGUGAUUCUGGCGUUCGCGUUCCGGUUCUUCUAUCCGGUGAUGUUCGUGCAGUUUGAGUUCAUGGGACUGCUGUUGAUGUUCCUGACGCGGAAUUUGAGCAAAGAUGCGGGGAAUAUCCUGUUGUGGUUCAUGCUCUGCAUCGGAAACGGCAUCCAGAUGAGUUUGUACAACAUAGAGUACUACGCGAGGAGGAACUGCCCGGUGAGCGGUGAAUCGCUGGUGGAUUAUAUGAUUCCGGUGUCGUGGACGUGCCAUGGAAUCUCCCAUAAUCCGAACUGGACCUUCAGUGCCGUGGAAUACUGACAUUAGGGGUAGUUUAUUGUAUGUUUAGGGUCAGUGAUAUUUUGAUAGAAAUACUGCUUUGUAUGUGCUACUUUUGCUGGUAAGAGUAAUAAACAAAAGACUGUUGAUUGUAA